AUGAAUCGCAAGAGCAGCAAAGCACCGCUGCUCGAACCACAAGAUGCAGUCGACCUGACUUCAGGAACCGGAUCUGCUGCCCACAACGCUCUACAGAACACUCUCGACAAGAGCACGAUACCCAAGAAGAAAAGCUCAUGGCUCAACAUCGGUGGCAACAUCCGCAAAGGUGCUAUGGCUAUCAAGGGUGCCAUCGAAUAUGUCCGUAGUGAUUCCUCUACCUCAGAUGGAGCCAAAACACCUUCCAGCGACACCACUCCGCAAAUGUCUUUCUCAGAGCAAGCCAAGUCAGAGAGCACUGGCGAGGCUCUGCGGCCCACCACUCCAACCAAGCCCUUGCAACGCCACAAUACCUUCUCACCAAAAGCCAUGGCGACCUCGCUUCGUCAUGCCUUUCCACGCCAGCAUUCCCACCGAAGCAGUAUUAGCAAAUCAACGUACGGCAAUCUCAACGAGGAAGGCGGGAGCCCUAGAGAUCCGGAACAAUUUCUCACAGACGGAAAAGCUGAUCCGCAAGCGACACCUCAUCAUAGACGGGUGAGCCUUGCAGGCACUCUGGUUGGCAGCAUACGAAAUCGGCGAUUCGGCCGUGCAGUGAGCCUCAAGAGGCAGAAUCCUUGCAAUCUUGAUGAUCUGCCUGCACUGCCGCCAUCGCCCACUAAGCCGAUUGGUAUACCAUCGUCUACAGCGCCACAUCUAAUUCUCAACCUCUCACCCCUGUGCGUGAUGUCUCCACCUUUUGGUGAAGAUAUGCGACGGGACAGCAAAGCGGAUUGCCUCGACCUGAACGAAAUUACCAGCGGCUUACCAGACGACCGUGGAAUAUGUGUCCCUCCGGGAAUGGAGGCCAGUGCGAAGACUCGAGAAGAACUUGAUACUGUAGGACCGCCGUCCUUGGAUUUGACCUUACAGCUGCCCCCGCCUGCUAUGGAACCUGGCUGGCCCAAUCUGAUGCUGUCACGCGAUGCACCCACAACACCAAUGCCCGGGACGAUUCUCACCUUGGAGCUCGAUGGCAGGAACAGUGAGAAGUCAGCCAUCUUCGAACGCAGCGUGGACUGUUCCGAGAGCUCAACCAAGCAAAGUGCCCAAAGCUUACGUCAAGUGAGCUCAAUUGAUGCCCUUGCUCGUGACCCUCACCACUCAACCGUGCCACCAAACAGUGCGAACGAUUCUAUGGAGGCCCUCGCUACCGCAGCUGAGAUCGCGCAUGCAGCAGACGAGGUAGAGCAGCACUGGACCCAAGGCACCAUGGAUGCGCUCGAUGUGGCAUCCGACAACGCCGCUGAAGUUCGUGGUGAGACCCAUAAAAGUCCUCAGGUUAUGGAGAUCAGCCACGCAUCGCCUGAAGGGCUUGACGAGGAGCAGUCGGAUCUUGAUGGCACGCCAACCAUACGUCUCGUUCCAGUUCCGCUUGAGAUUCCUCAUCGUCCACGACCGCAUCGCGAUUUGCUGUCGGCCACCACUAUCAGUACGUGUCCGCCUGACAUGGAACCGAUCUUUCCGUGCGCUACACCGCGUCGAGAUGGCCAGCAAUCUGCAGAGUGCUCUUCCGAAAAUCAUGGGCCGAACUCCUUGGAGAAUCAUCAAAGCUGCAAGGGCAAGGGUAAGGCCGCAGCCAUAGAAGACCAGGACGUUCUCAUGCAUAAUAUCGACGAAGGUCACUCUUAUAAAGCACACCAUACGCGCGUCAAUGAAGCUGCUGGUGAAGACGACGAGCAGAUCAUCGACCAACUGCACUCUGCCCCCCGGAACGAUGACACAGACUCAAUCAUCACGGACUACGACGAAUUCAAGACUCAGCUCUUCUUUCCAGCCGAUGACGCCAGCAGCAUCGACCUACCGAACUAUGAAUAUGCCAAUGAUGUCUCCGGCAGUCCAUCGAACGUCACACCUCUCGUACCAGUCCUUGCGAGAGCCGUCAACAACUCUCAGGACUCCAGCCCAGCGAGCGGGAGAGUGAGUGGUAUCCGCUCAACGGAUGUGGGUGGUCUGAUGUACAAAUUCACCAUAAGCAGCUGGCUGGGCAAUACUUCCGACGGCGAAGCUGGUGGUCCUUCCACGCCCACUCCUCAGCAUGUCACCGAAAGCCUCGAUGGCGGGUCUGAGGCUACUGAAGUUGGUUAUUCGCUUGGAGAUCCGUUCAUGGAGCCUACUACUGCGCAUUCUCCAUCGCCCUCGAGUCAGCCGGACGAUGAUGCGAGUCACGAGUUUCAUGCUGCAGUUCCGACUAGUUCUCCGGCUUGCUUGACGGAGUGGGAGAAGCUGAAUUUCCAGGCCUCCGUCCCAGCUCAAGCUCACGAACUAUCAUGUGCUGCCUCAGGACAGAACGACUCGCCUACCGUGCCAGGAUCCGAGCACAGCAAGGAUCGUGUCUGCUCGAAUGAUACCCUGGACGAUACUCUUGCUCUGUUUAGCGAGAACGAGGAGGUGGUCGUGAGCUCACCGCAAAGUGGGUAUGAGGGUGAUGAGAGUGGGCCUGCGUCUGAUGGGACACCGCCUCAGCCGGAGAGGGCAAGGUUUCAUUUCAGGGGGUUUGUUGGGGGGAUGGAGUAA